AUGUUUAAGAAGGUGGAUCCUACGAACAAAGUGUUGGUGUCAUACUUACAAUCAAUUGAGACAACAGUUGUGACUGGGAAGUUACAACAAGAAGCCACCAAAAAGACGAAGAAGUCCAAGAAGACAAAAGGGGACUCUUCGGAAAAAGGGUUAAAAGACGACCAACAUCAAGCACUCAUUGGUCCUUCCUCAACUGUCGAAAAGGUGUCUCCGAUCUUGACAUCAGUUGCUGAUACACCAGUAAUUGAAGCCUCUACAUCAAAGGAAACGAUUCCUUCGAAGACGGGAGUUUUUCGAAGAAUCAAGAUCAAGCGAAAGUCUCAGUUGGUGAAGAAAACACAGGUUACUCACCAAGGGGUUACAGUUCGUGAAGUUACAGCUCCUGUGUCUCCAUCUUCGAAAAAGAGAAGGGCUGAAGAAAUGGCUAAGUUCUUGAAGAAACCCAAACUUGUCGAAGAUGAAGAACUUGUGCCUGAAACUCCUGAAGCUGAUAUUCCAAAAGAAGUCGAAAUCUUUCAAUCUACGGAGAUUUCGAAACCUGCUGACGUCAAGAUUCUAGAAUCAACGACUCUACCACAAGCUACUUCUACCAUCGAUUCUCCUACAUUCCAAUCUAUCAUGAAUCAACCCUUCACCACCAUUUUUUCAACACAAUCCACUGAACCACCACAAUCUUUAUCACCUAUUCCUGAAACAAUGGCAAUUGAUGAAGAAACUGACAACGAAGGGUUUGGGGGAACUUUCGAAGACCUUUCUUUUGAUAAAUCAGAAGAAGAUUUUCCGGAUCAUGUCGGAAAUGAUGGAAUCAAUCUUUUGCAAGUUGAUUCAUUGAUGAAAGAGAUGGAAAACAGGCUGCUAUCGAAGAAUUCAGGGCUCAUUCGUGAUUCAAAAAGCCGGAUUUUAGAAAAAAUUGAUCAGUCUGAUAGUUCUACUGAGAAUAGAAUCAAGUUUCUUAGAACUGAUUUCCUAAAGGAAGUUAAAGAUUUGAAGAUGGUUACGAAGGAGCGUCAUGUGCUCUUUGUACAGGAGGUGAAGAAGGUUAGAGAGGAUGUGAAUAUGCAGAUUAGAGAACUUCGUGAAGAAAUGACGAAAGAAGUUCAAACUCUUAACCAGGGGUAUGAUUCUGCACAUCAAAAGAUUGACAUCAUUUGUGAUGCCAUUGUUCAGUGUGUCAAGAGCCUAUUGACAAGUAUAUCAGAUGCCCCACCUGCUAUCACAGGGGUGCAAGGGGGAGAAAAGAGUGUUCAAGAAAAGGCUGGGGAGCAUGAGAUGAAACCAGAAGAUUCGAAGGCUCCAGUCAAACCAACAAUUGUUUCAGCUGCUCCAGUCAUUUCAACUGUGACUACAACGGUUCCAAUUUCAAGACCUAGUACAAAAGUUAUUGUAAUUGGGAAUGUUGUUUCUUCGAAUGUUUCUUCUUCAAAGGGUGCUGCUCCUUCGAAUGAGAAACACAAAGGAAAAGGAGUCUUGAUUGAGAAGACAAACAAAGAAAAGAAAGCUGAGGUGGCAGCUGAAUUAGAAGGAAUGCGGCAUGUGGAAAGCAUUAUGCGACAAAGAGCUCUUGAAGGUUCGAAUGUCAACAAGGGAGAAUGUUAG